AUGAAAAAAAUCCAACUGCCGGCCCCAAUCAGGGAAAUCCCCAACCACAAAUGUGGGCUCCCAAUUCACGGGGAAACCCUGUCGUACCGCAUCCACAGCGGCUUGUUCGUGGGCUUCCGCCGGCGGCUGUGGAAAUGGAAAACCGUCAGCAACUCAAUUCCGGAAAGCAGGACCGUACUCAAGUCCACGGCCCAAAUUUACAUCGAGGAGCAGCGCCACUUUCAUCGCCACCCCUGUAUAAUCCAUCCCUACAGUCAGGCGCGCUUCCUGUGGGAAAUGUUCAUGAUUCCCGUUUUUGUUCUCCUGUUCAUCACAAUACCGGUCGUGCUCUCCAACUCCAAAGUCAAUAGUGGAAUAGUGGUGGUCUUCUACAUCAAGCUGGGCCUGGAUGCCAUUUCCUUCCUGGACAUAAUGCUCAAUUUCUGCACCGGGUACUACGAUGUGAAGCAGCAGAAAAUCGUCUUGUCGGCGAAGGAAAUUGCAAAAAGUUACAUCCUCUCCUAUUUUAUCUUUGACGUUAUUUCGUCUACACCGUGUCAUAUGAUAUUACAUUGGCUGAGACGGGAUGAGGAUAACGUCUGGGAAAUGCUAACUUUGCUGAAACUUGUGCGGUUGCCGACACUUGUCAAUUAUUUGCGCAAAUUGGGAGAGCGGUGGAAAAUGACGUCCGCCAUGAAGUUCAUUUGCUUCUUCCUGUGGGUGUCAGUUUUGUUAAUUUGGCUCACAAGUCUGGUCUUUUUGGUCAUGAGAAUGUGGCACUCUCGUUCAAUGGUUAAGGCAAGAAUCGACAAAUUUCCCAUGCUUUUCACAUUCUUUCGAGUCGUGAGAUGCAUGAUGUUAGUCGGCGUAACCGAGAAAAUGAACACCAGUACUGUGGUGAUGGUUUUCCAAAUCGGUGGUUUCGCAAUGGGCGCUAUUUUACAAAUUGUGAUAUUAUCGAAACUGAUGCAGUUGUUCCAAAAGCGGGCCAGUUCCAAGAGCAAAUACAACACUCUCAUUGAAGAAAUCGGAGAAUAUAUGAAAUUCAAGGAACUGCCAACGCAGCUGAAAGACCGCAUUCUGAAAUACGUGGACUUUAAGUUCCAAAAGCACAUUUUCCGGGAGGAGGACGUCCUGAAUAAUUUAUCCUCGGUCCUGAAGCAGGACAUUUUGAUACACAGGUGCCAGAAAAUGGUGGAGAAAGUGGAAUUUUUCAAGGACUUGCCCACUCAUGUCUUACUUCGAAUUGUGACAAAACUACGAUCUGAGAUUUUUUUGCCCAAUGAUGUGAUCGUUCUGGCCGGAUAUGCAGGACAUGCGAUGUAUUUUAUCUACAUGGGGACAGUGGCCGUGUUUACGGGACACGGGAAAGAGAUUUGUCACUUGGAGGACGGUGGGCAUUUCGGUGAAAUUGCCCUGGUGAUUAACGAGCCACGUGUUGCCACUGUCAUUGCUGUGAAAGAAUGCGAGUUGUUCAAGUUGAGUCGGAGGGAUUUUCAAGAGGCGAUUGAGCCGUUUCCUGAACUUAAUAAAAAAAUACGGCAGUUGGCAAUGCUCAGGCUUGAGAGCACGCUGCAGAUUUUGUCGGAGAAUAAAGAGGAGAUAAGAAUACGACACGAGUCGAUGGUGGAGACCGAGGAUGAUGAGUUUAUUGAUACUAUUUCGAUUUAGUUUGGAAAAUUGUUGUAAAUUAAAAUAAAUGUUGUAUUUUUUGUUCCAAUUAAAGAAAUGUUUAAAAGUGA